GCCGAGUAUACUGUACACUUCGUGCGGUCGGCGGGCGUCAGUGUUUUCCGCUAAUCUCGCUGUUUAGUCUGAGUGGAACGAGGCACCACGUGUCCCGCACGACAGAAGACAAUGGCGCUCGUUCCUGCAGCCGUGAUAGCGGCUCCGACGUUUGCCCGAUAGCCCCGUCGGGCCGCUGUUGCCAGCGGCUCGGUCCGGGCAAACGCUCUCGGCUUACUCCGUUCGCAGGGGUGAAUUAUCCUCCGCUACCCUGUACCCUUUCGCUGACCGUUACUGCGACUGCUGACCAUGCGGCGCUAUGGCCCGGAGGAACACCGUCCGUAGUGCUGCGGCGCUGGACAAGGAGGUGCUCGCUGGAACGUCGCGAUCGCCGGUAGUCCUUGCGGUGGUUGCCGUUGUUAUUGCCGGUGCUUGUCCGUUCCCGGUGCAUCGGAGGACACGCGGCGAGAUCUCGGGAGGAGCGCUCUGUUGACGGCGACGGCCUUGGAGGUGCCGGAAACGUUUCACCCGUUGUCCGUGGAAGGUCUUCGCUCGCAGUGUCGUCGAAAAACCGUGUUGCGUGCAAGUGGCAGACGGUCAGCUCUUCGAGACACCGAUUCCCCUCGCAGUCGUCGAAGUCUACUUGACGUCCGACCAGUCCCUUUUCAAGAGGAUCGAGGCAUCGCGCUGCACACCGUAUACCACGGGAUCCGUCUUCGUCGACAAGACGUUUGGAAGAUCCCCGUCGUCCUUGGAGACCAGACGGCGGACCAAGAUUGGCGGAUGACGUCAGGACGGCGACCACUUGGAAGUUGAUCGCCACGCCACUUGGUCCUGGUGGUCGUGUUGCCGUGUCCGAGGGGCGCUCCGUGGGCAAUCGGCAAUCUCCGGAGGCUAUCGUCGGCCGAGCCCGCCCGACUGUUCCCAAAUAGGACUGAUUUGUCAGCGGGCGGUCCGAGGUUUCCUUGUCCCCGUUUGGCGUUCGGAGAGGGUUGACGCGUACGCCGAGGCCGGCGUUUGGCGACCGUUUGUGCGUGAAGGAUGGGGACGACACGAGUGAGCGGACCCGUGGUCGGUGCGUGCGCGUGUGUGCUUUGGCUCGGCGGACUGGACUAAACGGUGGGCCCCCCGGAUUAGUAGAGGUGGGGAAUUGACCGGAUUAACGGACCGGGGCGAUGGGACUUUACUACAAGGAUCGCGUGGAUUUGGAUGUUACCGGGCCCCUGAGCGCCGAUGACGACAAGUGCGAAGGCAACCAGAGCCCCGAGCACCGGCGCUUCAGCCUCGACCCGCAGAUCACUUCGUUCGAGGUGCUCCAGAACCUGCUGGCCAGGGCCUUCGACAUCCGAGGGGAGUUCACGGUGAGCUACCUGGCGCGGGACGACGAAGGCGGCAAUGCGUACCUGGGCCUACUCUCCGACUGGGACCUGGACGCGGCGUUCCUCAGCUCGUCCGAGCCAUGCCUCAAGCUCAAGGUUGAGCUCAAGCCCUUCGAGCAAGCAGGGCUCGAGGAGUGGGAUGUGGUUACCCCUGUGGACGUUACCAGGACGGAGGUGCAGACCAAGCCUUCCUUCACGGGGACCUUGCUCAACCAGAUGGAGAGGACGCUCACCAAGUUCCAGAAGGUCCUGAACCUGGCCAGUCUCCAGGACUCUGCGCAGGGUCCCUGGAGCGGCUCGCACGAGCCCCUGCCCAUCAAGAACCCCAUGGGAGACCGCGAGUUCCGCAGCUACCUGGACGGCGACGGCAGGCUGGUGCAGUCUCGAGAACUGCGCCACUCGGUGUACCUGGGCGGCGUCGAACCUUCGCUGCGCAAGGUGGUCUGGAAGCACGUCCUCAAUGUCUACCCGGAGGGCCUGAGCGGCAAGCAGAGGCUGGCGUACAUGCGGCGGAAGAGCGACGAGUAUCAGAAGCUACGCUCCGCGUGGCAAGACACCAUGGCCCGUGGCGCCCUUACGGAGGAGAUGCAGUUCGUGACCAACAUGGUACGCAAGGACGUACUGCGGACCGACCGCACUCACCGGUUUUACGCGGGCGCCGACGACAACGCCAACGUGGUGUCGCUUUUCAACGUGCUCACUACGUUCGCGCUCAACCAUCCGAGCCUGUCCUACUGCCAGGGCAUGAGCGACCUGGCGUCGCCCAUUCUGGUGACGAUGCGCGACGAGGCGCACGCCUACGUGUGCUUCUGCGCCCUGAUGAGGCGGCUGGGUGGCAACUUCAACCUGGACGGCGCCGCUAUGACUCUCAAGUUUCAACACCUCUCUGAGCUGCUGCAGCACUUCGAUCCGGUGUUUUACGAGUACCUCAAGCAGCGCGGCGCGGAUGACCUCCUCUUCUGCUACCGCUGGCUCCUGCUCGAACUCAAGCGGGAGUUCGCUUUCGAAGACGCCCUGCGCAUGCUGGAGGUGCUCUGGAGCUCGCUGCCUGCGUCCGCUCCGGAGGGCGAGCUGCCGCUCUACGAGGUGGCCUUCACGAGAGACUCUGUCGUCGCGGUGGACCCUCAGUCACCUCGGGUGCCCCUCCCGCGUCAGAAUGCUUACACCAAGGUCUGCGCCAUCCGCAAGCAGAACUCGGCCGGAUCGGUGCACGGCACCCCGACGGCGUCCGCAGCCGCCGAAGAUCAAGCCGGCAGUGGGGACGAAUCGGACUCUCAGGGCUACGAGCCCCUCUCGACGACAAUCACUCGCGAAUUGACGAUGGACCUCGAGAACCUCAACCGGAGAAUAUCAGGGGCCGCGUUCGGCUACGGCGGCGCCACGGAGGCCCCAAGCCCGUCGACUACAGACGACCAGGACGGCGGAUGGGAGGACGGCGAGCUGGACACUCCAGGUGGCCAUGGUGACGUCGCUCCCCGACGGAGGAGGUCCCCCAAGGGGCGCUCCAACUCUGAGUCGGACUCGGAAGAGAGUGGCGAGGCAUCGCGGCGGACGUCGAACAACACGAGCGAGGGAUACGUCUCCGAAGGGACGACAUCGUCCAAGGAGGCUUCCACGGAAGCCCUGGACUCGGGCGUCCUGAACCACUCGUCGUGCGAAGAGGCCCUCGAGUUGGGCAGGGCCCGGGGCAAGGGCAGCGGACGUCUUCGGCUGCCCCGGCCCCAGGACCUGGGCGGAGGCAACCCGUUCAUGAUGUUCCUCUGCCUGACGCUCCUCGUCCAGCACCGAGACGUCAUCAUGCGCAGCGGCAUGGACUACAACGAGCUGGCCAUGCACUUCGACAAGAUGGUGCGCCGGCACAACCUGCAGCGGGUGCUUCAUCAGACGCGGACGCUCUACAACGAGUACCUCAACAUGGGCUGGCCCAAGGAGGACCUCUGGAACCAUCCUCUGGUCUGACGGACGCCCCGCGGUGGUGGCGGCGACGCAGCCUCCAGGCGGUCAAGACUACAUUCCUCAUCAGCAACCUUCAUCCGCGGCCGCAGAGACUGUUCGCAUCCAGUCGCGAGGCCUGUGUGCUGCGGCAGACUCACAUCGCUUCAUCCAUCGCUUCGUUUCUCAUAGGAGCCACGUGUGGGUCGUGUAUCAAUAGAGGCAUACAACGAUAUCAUUGUCUCUUGAUCGGAGUUGGUCUCGCAUUGGCCCCACCCAUCUUCCUGCCCCGAUGUCGCGAGUGCGCGUGGUUGUAUACUGAUGGGCUGUUCAUCUUCUGGAUGUCCGUACGACCAUCUGCUAGGGAUGCCGGUCUAUGGGGUAGGGCUCCGAUGGUUAGUGAGAAUUUUAGCAAUCUACAUGACGGUUGUACCAUAUGUGCCGCGUCUCUUGACGUGACUUGACGCGGAUGCGUGGCUUUUAGACUCUUUCAUUUCAUCAUUGGGUCGCGACUUUGUGACUCGGUUAGCGACGCGCUCUCUGCUUUCUUUUAGCUGUGUAUAUUUUUUUAGAAUGACUGCCGCUGCGAAGUUUGGGAAAUGUGAUAUCAUGUGUAGAUUUUGUUUGCUUUUUCUUUUUAUUUUAUUUUUUUACUUUCCCUCCCCGGUGGAAUCUCUCGCGGUUGUGUAUAUGCGUCUUGGGAGUGGUGGUUGUCCCCGGCUGGACUGUGGAACAACUCUGAAGAAGAAUGUGUGCGACAGGAGUGCUUCAAUAAGUGUUAGAGAGAGAGCGAGACCGCGUGUCCUGUACAGCAUCGACGUGGACAAUAAAAGUCAAUAGAAAUAGAC